UUUAGUUGUGGUGAGAAUGUGCCACUGAGGCAAGUGAACCCUAAAAUGACCAGUGGUCCAGUUUUUACACUGGUUGCUGUCCACUUCAGUUUUUAUAUACAACACAUGGACUGAUGUGGUUUGGAUAGCACUGUAGUGUGGCGAGAGAUAGAAGCUUCACAGACAGACAGACAUAGCGUACCUGUUUUGUCAUCAAAGCUAUCGCUGGUUAUAGUUUAUAUUCUUACCUUUAACUUUUACCUGUUGUCUAUAAUUAUUAUUUGUAUGACAGUCAGAGCGGUAUGAACAAUCUAGGUCUACAAUAAAACAUAUUGCUGUAGUCAGUUUGAUUAGCACGUACUAGUCCAAGGACAAUAUAUAUACACCAGUAUGCCACAAGGCAAGUUAUGACGCCUUGAAGGGGUUCACUGUAGAGAAUCAUCGCAGUAUAUGAUUUAUGUUCCCUGUUCUCUGUAUGACUGUAGCCUUGGGGACACUGCUCAUCUGAGCUGUUAUAUAUAUACGUACCAUCUGCGACGUUAUAUAUACGUACAUAAGGAACCAGGAGUAACGUUUGUGGUAUUGUGGUAUGACAGUAAAGCUAUAGGGGUUCUACAUUAUUGAUCCAUCCAACCAAUAAUAAAAAUGACACUGACGUGGAAGACGAUCCAUUUACCAGCCAAAUUCCCGAGUUUUAGUUUACGAGGAAUAUUGAAUAGUGACGAGAUGCCUGGACACAUGAGUGCUGAUAUUACAGCGUCAACGGCUGCUGAUUUGGAGGAGGAACUAGCGUUACAAAUACCCGAUGAUGUGAGCGUUGAGAUUGAUGAGAAAACUUCCACGUCGCCCCCAGUUUCGGUCUCGGCUGUUACCAUGGACAGAGAAGACCACCACGUGGCGCUGUCCGUGAUCUACUGCUUCAGCUUUCUUGUCAUGGAGGUGGGCAAACAAUGUUCGUCCUACGCCAUGAAGUACUACAAUGAUGACGUCUACCCUGUUCCGCAAACAUUCCUGGUCGCCGCAGUCGAGUUGAUCAAACUGGUCGUCAUGGUAACGGUGUUGCUAUUUCAAGGGAAACUUCUCCAAAUCAGAAUCUCGCUGUGGUUUGCCUUACCGUCCAUAGUGUACGGAAUAACUAAUAAUAUUCAUUUCUAUGCCCUCCACCUCACCUCUCCCCCCGUCUGGGCCAUCCUCAUGCAGAUGAGGGUGGUCUUCAUUGCCGUCACCUACAGGACCUUGUUCAAGAGACAGAUUGAAAGAAUCCAGUGGUUUGCACUCUGUGUUCUCAUAACGGGGAUCGCCAUUACCAAGAUAGGCGGAGGCCUGGAAAAAGGCAACUUUAUUCAUCCUAUGGCCUGGUUGUUGGCCGCUUUUACAUCUUUCUUAUGUAUGGUGGCUGCGGUUUUGACAGAGUAUUUAUUCAAAAACGACAGGCGCAGUUUUGCGGACCAGCAGCUACAGCUUUAUCUGUUUGGGACAAUUGUAACAUUGAUGCUUUGUUUGACGGAGUCAAAUACAAAAGUCAAGGAUUUAUUGCAGUUCAAAGGAAUUUCAGACACAAUGGUCCUGGUGUUUGUUAUAUCUUGUGUGACGUUAUCAGUGACGUCAGGAUUAGCGGUGGCUUUGAUAAUGAAGAAAAUGGACAACAUUGUCAAGAUCUACUGUGGAGCGCUGGCCACCCUCCUGACCGCUGUAGUGUCCUCGAUUUUCUUCUCGGCGCGUUUUCAGCUGGACUGGACGUAUGCAGCGGGGUUUGUGCUGGUUUUCACAGCCAUCUUUCUUUACGAGAAGAAAAAUGUAGACUGGAAAAAAACGACUAUAGCGAAGUAGGUUGCUUCUGCAGACAGCAAAGCUGGUUAACUGGCGGCAUGGCAAUUAAAUGACUUUUAUUAUUGGCAAGGGCACGUUAUUUCCUUUUGUUGAAAUUUUACAACAGGGUUUAAGUUUCAUUAGAAAUAUAAACAUAUUUAUUUAUCUAUACAAGUUUUUUUUACAUUACUCCGACAUUUAUCA